CAUUGUCAUUGGACACUGACAUAAUAAUUUACAUACAUAACAACAAUAAACAAUUCGGUUAGUUUUUGGUAGUAAUUGUAAAAAAUAUUUUAUAUUUGAGAUCAAAGUAUCUCCGUUAACAUCGAAUAACAUUUGAAAGUGAUUAAAGUAACAUGGCACCAGGCAAGAAGUUUGUGCGAGGUAAAAGAUCUAACCAACACGUUCCAAGAGACUACGCAGAAUCAAUGCAGGAAUUAACUAUCCACUCUCCAGAAGAUAGUGAUAAUGAUUCCAAUAACUCAAGUGAUGAAGGUACGGAGGCAGAAUUUACUGUCAGUAUGUGGGAUUUAAAUCAUUGCGACCCAAAAAAAUGUUCCGGCCGGAAACUCUUACGACAUAACCUUAUAAAAAACCUUAAAUUAGGUCAAAGAUUUCAAGGACUCGUUUUGUCCCCAGUAGGUAAACAAUGUGUUAGUCCUAAUGACAAAGAAAUAAUCUCAAAGUUUGGGUUAGCGGUAAUUGAUUGUUCUUGGGCUAAAAUAGAUGAGACGCCAUUUAAUCGAAUGAAAUCACCACAUCCUCGCUUACUGCCUUUCUUAGUAGCUGCAAACCCUAUAAACUAUGGGAAACCCUAUCAGCUUAGUUGUGUUGAGGCAUUAGCGGCAGCUAUGUUUAUAACUGAUCAUAAAAAAGAGGCCAAGUUUUAUUUAUCAAAAUUCUCAUGGGGACACUCAUUUUUAGAAUUAAAUUCUGAAGCAUUAGAUGCAUAUGCAGCAUGUACUGAUAGUAAAAGUGUCUUGGAAGCUCAGAAUAAAUAUCUUCAAGAUGUUGCAAACGAAAAAGAUACAAGAUCUAUGUGGCCAUCAAGUAGUAGUUCGGACUCAGAAAGUGAAAGUGAAAAAUGUUAAUUGUAGUUUUUAUGUUGUACCAAACAAUUGUAAUUUAUAUUUUAUUAUCAUAUCCUAUGAAAUAUACUAAUGAGAUAACUUGUCCGUUU